AAAAAGUUGCGCGAGUCGGUUUGAAAUGCCGGAUUUAAUGAAAAACACAUUGUUUUGAAAGCUUAAUUGAUAAUCUAUUUUUAUUAAUUAAUUUGAUCUCAUUUCUUAUUGAUUCAACCUAAUAUUUUUCUUUUAAAACUCUAUUGAUUCCGAUACUCAAUUUAUAAUGACAUUGUCAGGGAUAACUCGACAAGCUAGUGAGAUGAAGGAUCUCACCAAAGUCGAUCGUAUUGGGGCUCAUUCUCAUAUCAGAGGUCUUGGCUUGGAUGAAUUUCUGCAACCUAAAAAGAUUUCUGAAGGAAUGGUUGGGCAAAUGAAUGCACGUAGAGCUGCUGGAUUGAUUAUGCAAAUGAUUAAGGAAAGUAAAAUCUACGGGCGAGCAGUUCUCAUAGCUGGUGAACCGGGUACUGGAAAAACUGCUAUUGCAACAGCAUUAUUCAAAUCCCUCGGAAGACGUACUCCUUUCACAAUUAUAUCAGGAUCUGAGAUUUUCAGCUUGGAAAUAAGUAAAUCUGAGGCUUUGAUGCAGGCUUUCAGAAAGUCGAUUGCUGUUAAAAUUAAAGAAGAAACUGAAAUUAUCGAAGGGGAAGUUGUUGAGAUAACAAUUGAUAGACCAGCCAAUGGUACCGGCAAUAAAACCGGUAAACUAACUAUGAAAACAACUGAUAUGGAAACUAUCUAUGAUCUUGGUCAAAAAAUGAUUGACAGUUUAACAAAAGAAAAAAUUGGAGCUGGAGAUGUGAUAAUAAUUGAUAAAUCUUCUGGAAAAAUAACAAAAAUUGGAAGAAGUUUUACCCGUGCUCGUGAUUAUGAUGCUAUGGGCCCUCAAACUAAAUUUGUUCAAUGUCCAAGUGGUGAAUUACAAAAACGGAAAGAGGUGACUCACACAGUUUCUUUGCAUGAGAUAGAUGUUAUCAAUAGUCGGACUCAAGGAUUUUUAGCCUUAUUCUCUGGUGACACUGGUGAGAUCAAAGCAGAAGUUCGUCAGCAAAUAAAUGAAAAAGUCAGUGAAUGGAGAGAAGAAGGAAAAGCCGAAAUUGUUCCAGGAGUUCUUUUUAUUGAUGAGGUUCAUAUGCUGGACAUUGAAUGCUUCUCAUUUUUAAAUCGAGCUCUCGAAUCACCGCUAGCUCCUAUCCUUAUUGUUGCCAGUAAUAGAGGAAUCACUAAAAUCAGAGGUACCAACUAUGAGUCUCCACAUGGUAUGCCACUAGAUUUGUUAGAUAGAAUGAUCAUUAUUUCAACUGUUCCAUACACCGAAGACGAAAUUUCCUACAUUCUCAAGAUCCGAUGCGAAGAAGAAGACGUUAAAUUUACCGAAGAAGCUUUCAUUUUACUGGCUCGAGUAGCUGCAGAAAAAAGUCUUCGAUAUGCCAUGCAAUUGAUUACUACAGCCAAUGUUGUUCAUUUGAAAAGAAAAUCGAAAGAAGAAGCCAUUGAUGUUGGAGUGAUUAAAAGAGUUUACUCUCUGUUUCUUGAUGUGCACAGAUCAAGUCAACACCUGGAAGAGUAUCAGGCACAAUAUCUUUUCCACCAAACAGUCAACAAUGACGUUGAAAUGAAAUCUUGAAUUACUGAUAAGCAAUUCAAAUCCUGACAUUGUACUUUUUUAACUUUUCUGUUCCAGAAUCAUCUGUCUUUGAUUAAAUAUGUCACUCUCGUUCAAGUUAAAUUUAUAAUUUAUUUGCUUAAUAAAAAGUUUCACAAUUCGCUACAAAAUUGUUCCUAAAUUUA